AUGACACAGAACCUUAUUAUUCGAAUAAAUAAACCUUUAUUUAAUAACACAAGCAGAAUUAAGAGAAUUCUUUUUAAUAUAGAGAAUAAGCACAGGGGAAAAUAUCAUUCCUCUUUUAAAAGAUACUUUUCUAUAGAUACGGUAAAGGUACCUAGGCUAGGUGAUUCAAUUACAGAAGGUACUAUAAGUGAAUGGAAAAAAAAAGUUGGUGAUUAUGUUAGGACAGAUGAAACGUUAACAGUUAUCGACACUGAUAAAGUUAGUGUUGACAUAAAUGCAAAAUCAUGUGGAGCUUUAUCUAAAAUAUUUGCAGAAGCUGGAGACAUUGUUUUAGUUGAUGCCCCACUAUGUGAAAUAGAUACUUCAGUAGAACCACCUCAAAUUAUCGCAGAAAAAAAAGAUGAAAUAGAAAAUGAAAAAGUAAUGAACACUAAUAAUGAGAAAAUAGAACGUGAAAAAGAUGAAAAUUUAUUCAAAGGAAGCAAUGUGAAUAUAAAAGAAACGGAAAAACAAGUAAAUAAUGAAAACAAAUUAGGCCUCUCCUAUGAAUUGACAAGCGAACGAACAGAAAAAAGAGUUCGUAUGUUACCAAUAAGAAAACGAAUCGCGGAAAGGUUAAAGGAAUCGCAAAAUACGUGCGCUUUAUUAACAACUUUUAACGAAUGCGAUAUGAGUAAAGUAAUAGUCUUAAGAAAUGAAUUAAAAGAUACAUUUCAAAAAAAGUAUGAGUGUAAAUUAGGAUUUGUAUCCUUAUUUAUAUAUGCUUCAACAUUAGCUUUAAAAAAAAUGCCACAAGUAAAUGCAUAUAUUGAAAAUGAUGAAAUUGUUUAUAAGAAUUAUAUAGACAUUUCUGUAGCAGUAGCUACACCUAAUGGGUUAACUGUUCCAGUUAUUCGUGAUUGUCAAAAUAAAAAAUUACCACAACUAGAAUUAGCAUUAUCUGAAUUAGCUACAAAGGCAAGAAAUAAUAAAUUAUCUUUAGAUGAUUUCACUGGUGGUACAUUUACUAUAUCUAAUGGAGGAGUAUUUGGUAGCAUGUUAAGUACUCCUAUUGUUAACAUGCCCCAGUCUGCUAUUCUAGGUAUGCACACAAUAAAAAAUAGAGCAGUUGUUGUUAAUAAUGAAAUUGUUAUAAGACCCAUUAUGUACCUAGCCUUAACCUAUGAUCAUAGAUUAUUGGAUGGAAGAGAUGCUGUGCAAUUUUUAUCUGCAAUAAAAGAUUACAUAGAAAACCCUAAUCUUAUGUUAAUAGAUUGA